UUGUUAUUCUAAUACUCAGCCAAAGCCAAGUUAUCCCAAAUAACUAUCGAAGUCGUCGAUGGUCAAAUGCCAUAAAUCGGGAGGAGGUCUGAUCUCAUCCUUUCAUCAGGACAAGUUGGGACUGUAGAGCUUGUCUAGAUUCUAAGUCCGAUCUUAUUUCUUGCUCUGAUUCAAAUCAAUCCUUUUGUUUCUGAACAAAAGAUCAUGGCUUUGGAAGCUGUUGGAGUGACAGUGGGAGGGGCACUUCUCUCAGCCUCUCUUCAGGUGCUGUUUGACAGGAUGGCUUCGCGCCAGUUCCUGGACUUCUUUCGGGAACAAGAAUUUGAUCACGAUCUCUGGCAGAAGUUGAAGCUGAAGCUACUAGCUCUUAACUCAGUGCUCACUGAUGCUGAGGAGCAGCACCGAAUCAUGAACCUGUCGACCAAAGAGUGGCUGGCUCAACUCAAAGACGCUAUUUAUGAUGCAGAGAAUCUGUUGGAUGAGAUUGCAACUGAAGCUCUGCGAUACAAUAGAGAAGCUGCAUAUCAAACUCCUAAAAAUCAGGUAAGAGCUCUUAACAAUCGUCUUGAACAGAUCUUUAGCAAAGUGGAACUUAUAGCUAAAGAAAAAGACUCCCUUGGUCUGAAGGAAGGCCUAAUUAAUAAGAAAUCAAUGCCAAGAUUGCCUACAACUUCCUUGGUCAAUAAAUCUGAAGAAUGCUUCAGGAAAGAUGAAAAAGAGCAGAUCGUAAGUUAUUUACAAUCAGAUAACAGUAUUACUGGGAGUGGAAUACCUGUAAUUGCAAUUGUAGGAAUAAGUGGGAUCGGCAAGACAACACUUGCUCAGUUUUUGUACAACGAUGAAAGAGUGAAGACACAUUUUGAGUUGAGAGCUUGGGCUUAUGUCUCAGAAAGAUCUGAUGUUUUCAAGGUGACUGAAACACUUUAUGACUCAGUCGUAUUGUCGCAUUCUAAUAUUAAAGACUUGAAUGUACUUCAGGUUAAAUUGGGCAGCGUAUUGAUGGGAAAGAAGUUUCUGCUUGUCCUGGAUGAUAUGUGGAAUGAGAGUUCUAUUGAUUGGGAUCUUCUACAAAGACCAUUUCAAGCUGGAGCCCGAGGAAGCAAGAUCAUUGUGACAAUGCGUGGUGAAAGUGUUUCAUCCCCCAUGCAUUCUUUUAUCAUUCGCCCUUUGACACCGUUGUCUAAUGAAGAUUGCUUCUCAUUAUUUGCAAAGCAUGCUUUCGAAAGUGAGCAUCAAAUUGAUGAGGAUUCUACACUGAAAUCAAUUGGUGAAAAGAUUGUGGAAAAGUGCAAAGGCCUGCCUUUAGCUGCUAAAACACUUGGAGGCCUUUUGCAUUCUAAACUAGAAGCUGAGGAAUGGGACAAGGUAUUGAAUGGUAACAUAUGGGAUCUACCAAGUGGUAUGAACGAUAUUCUACCAGCCUUAAGAUUGAGUUACUAUCAUCUCCCUUCUCACCUAAAGCGAUGUUUUGCUUACUGUUCCUUAUUUCCGAAGGGCUAUGAAAUUGAGAAGGGGAACUUGAUUCGAUUGUGGAUAGCAGAAGGGCUAGUGUUGCAGGGAACUGGUACAAGAAGAAUGGAGGAAGUAGGUGAGCAGUACUUUAAUGAGUUACUCUCGAGGUCAUUUUUUCAGCAAUCCACCUAUGAUGGUACAUGCUUUAAAAUGCAUGACCUUGUCAAUGAUUUAGCUCAACAUAUAGCGGGGGACUUCUAUUUCAGAUAUGAGGAUGGUUGCUUACCCCUAAACCCAGAAAGGGUUCGCCAUUUAUCAUUUGUACCAAAUCAAAAUGAAGCCACUGAAAAAUUUUUUGAGGCCUUUUAUGACCUAUCCAACCGUCUACGAGCGUUCUUACCGCUCAAACUGUCACCACAUUCUGCUAGGGUUGCUCUUAGUGCUACAGUCUUGAGCAAUUUGUUUCCAGAGUCCAGUUGCCUCCGUGUGUUAUCACUAUCUCCUUAUCAUAUUCUAACCUUGGAUGACUGGAUUGGAAACUUGAAACAUUUACGCUACUUGGACCUUUCUCGCACUGAAAUUGAAAGAUUACCUAAAAGAGUGUGUUCUCUGUAUAAUUUGGAGACACUGAAGUUGUCAGGUUGUCAGCGCCUCACCCAGCUGCCGACGGACAUCCCAGUUCUUACUAAAUUAGAGCAUCUUGAUAUUAAGGGAGCCAGUGUGAAGGAGAUGCCACCAAAAUUCGGUAAUUUGAAAAGCCUUCAGUCGUUGAGUACUUUUGUUGUGAGCAGAUAUUGGGGAUCAAGGAUUUCUGAGUUGAAGAAACUUUCCCUUCUUUGUGGUACUCUUACAAUUCUGGGCCUGCAAAAGGUGUCUCAAACAGAGGAGGCCUCCGAGGCCAGUUUGAAGGAUAAGAAGUACCUUCGGGAGUUAAUUUUCCAGUGGGCACCGGGUACUCGUGUUACAGACACUGAGGUUCUUGACAAGUUAAGGCCUCAUCAAUAUUUGAAGAAGCUCCAGAUAAGACACUUUGGUGGUAAAAAACUUCCAGACUGGAUAGGAGAUUCUUUUUUCUCCCAAAUGGUUUCAUUGCAUCUAUUUGAUUGUGGUAAUUGCUCCUUGCUGCCUCCACUUGGGCAACUGCCUCGUCUGAAAGAACUCUAUAUUUCAAAAAUGAAACAAAUAGAACAUGUGGGUUCUGCAUUCUGCGGAAGCAAUGUCGAGCCAUUCAAAUCCCUGGAAAUUUUAAAGUUUGAAGAGAUGCCAAAUUGGAGAAACUGGUUAGAUUUUACUGAAGGGGGAUUCCCUUCCCUCCAAGAGCUCACAAUUCACAACUGUCCGAAACUGAUGGGGAAUCUACCCAACCAUCUUCCUUCCUUGGUAAAGCUUCACAUCAUUAAAUGUAGGGAACUGACAUUCCUUGAUCCGAAUCGGACAAACCAGAUGUGUUCUACACUUGAGCGUUUGCAUAUAAUGAGUAGCUGCGAUGACCUCAAAUUGUUUCCAUUAGACCGCUUCCCCAAUCUUGUAAAGCUUAAACUCCAGGAUUGCGGAUCUCUUAGCUCUAUUCGGAUACGACAGGAACAUGAGCAUCUCACAUGUCUUCAAAAGUUGAAAAUUAAGAGCUGCCCUGGUCUUGGGACCUUCUCUGGAAGAGAGUUGUCAUCUCUCCAGAAGUUAAAAAUAUCCCAUUGUGCAAAUCUCUUUCAUUUUGGAGAGGGCGAUUUGCCAACCAAUCUUCAAGUAUUUUGUUUUAAGAAAUGUCCAAUGCUCCAGAAUGAGUGGAGGCUGCAAGAUAUGAGGUCACUAAGACUUUUCAAGGUCGAUGGCGUCGUACGUAUUCCUUCACGACCUCUUGGUGGAGGUCCAAGACGAAGGUUUGAGUCCACAUCAAGGUCAAUAUUGAAUAAUCAGAUUACAGGUGGCAAUUGGCUGAUCGACGAAGGAGUGACUAGCGGUGGCAAUUGACAGAUAGAUAUUGUUACGGGUUCGAGUUAUUUUUUAUUCAUAUUUUUUCAGACUUAGAUGAUUUUGGAUUAAUAUUAUUUUGCGUAGAGUUUUUUUUGGAUUCAUAUUGUUACGUGUUCGAAUGAUCUCAAAUUCAGAUUAUUUUAAAUUUGAACUACUUCAAGUUCAAACCAUUUUGGAUUUAAGUUAACGUU